CCGUCUCAGCCUCAGUCACACUUUGUCCAACUUUGGCCAAAGGUGCCCUGCUUUGCGCCCUCUCCCGUCAUGUCUGAACGGCGCAUCCCCUUCAGCUUCAUGCGGAGUCCCAGCUGGGAUGCGUUCCGGGACUGGCACUACCCGGGGCGGAUUUUUGACCAGUUCUUCGGGAUGCCAGCUUUUCCCCACGACUGGGCGACCGACUGGCACGGCAUGUGGCCGGGAUACAUGCGCCCGUCGCUGGCGGCGAUCCCCGCAGCCACCCCCGAGCCAGCAGCCGCGGACACGGUGGCUCCGAGCGCCCCGGAGGGCGGGCUGAGCCGGCAGCAGAGCACCGGGAUCUCCGAGAUCAAGGUCACCUCGGACAAGUGGAGGGUCAACUUGGAUGUCAACCACUUCGCCCCCGAGGAAAUCACCGUGAAAACCAAGGAUGGAUAUGUGGAGAUCAACGGCAAACACGAGGAGAGGCAAGAUGAACAUGGUUUUAUUUCAAGGUGCUUUACUCGGAAAUAUCUCCUACCACCAGAAACGGACCCUGCUAUUGUUUCUUCGACGCUUUCACCCAGUGGUGUGCUGACAGUGGAAGCGCCGAUGAAGAAACCAGCCCUGCAAUCUUCUGAGAUCACCAUCCCAGUUACCUAUGAAUCCACAGCCCAGAUCGGAGUGCAGGAUUCAAAGAAAGCAACUGAAGCAACAAAGAAGUGAUUUGGAUAGCUAAAAAAAAUUGAACCCAGCACAGCACAGCAUAGAAUGGCCAGAACGCCAUUAGGAUGGCAGCCAGUACUUACCACUUUGCCUUAUUAAUUGGUAAUAAUUAUCAUUAAUUGGUGUUGAACCAAUUUCCAGAAUGUGUCUGUGUAGCUGCAAUAUUUUGGCUAUUAAUUUUUUUGUCUUUACAGUUGCAGCUUUUUCAAAACUUAGAGACUUUCCAGAUUUUGGUAGAAGUGUUUGUUAGGUCAACAUUGACCUUUAUUUACAAAAAGCACAAAUUAUGAGAAAAAUAAAUCCUUUUUAUUCCAUUA